CUUCGGAGCAGGUGCCACUUUGUGCCAUCAACACCGUCGAUACCCCCCCUUCGCUCCCUCCUGAUACCCUGGUCCCCAUCCAUCCACCCACCCCGUCCACCCACUCACUAUCGCAGCGACCACUCCAACGCCCGCCCAGACACCUCCUCGUCUGGCCGACCCGGCCUACCUGCCCGCCACCUGGGGCUGCUCUCGCUACCAUAGUACUGUGGCACGGUACAUGGGUGUGCAGUACGUACUUGCAAUACACAGUACUUGGGCCUGCCUUGGGCCCCUCUCCUCCCGCGUUCGCUGUGCCGGUUUGUCCCCAGCCCAGCCCAUCACAUCCUAUCCUACCCCAGCACGCAACAAGGCUCGACGUGGAGGAUUCAACCACCCCGGUGAUUCUCUCUCUUUGCUGGGGCUAGACUUGCCAAUUCUAAUCUAAGACCACCCGUGGUAGCGUUGACCAGAGGUUACCCUGGUCGAGCGAGAGUGAGUAGUGGUCCGGGCCAGGUUUACACUAGUUCUGUUUUCUCUCUGAUCUACCUUGACCUUCCCAUCACAUCCUAUCCUCCAUCAACCUCAAGAUCUCUUCUCACCACCGCCGGACUCUUUCUCGACAUCCUCUCUCAUCCUCCUCUGCCUUUUUAACACCCCCUUACCCUCUCCUUCGCCCUCGAGCUGGCUGUCCUCCGCAAUUGCUUGCGCGAAGACACUAUCGAGCAGCCCGGCCCAAGAGACCAGAAUUUUGUUCUAGGCUUUCUACUGCCUGGCCUCUGCGAAGUCCGAGACCUCGACGACGGCUCACUCAACGGUGGUGUUUGCUAAUCGGAUAGUCGACGUCCAAGCUUGCGACGGGCUCAACGAUCCGAGAGACUGCAUCUCUAUUCCGUGUCGGAAUCCUGAGGAGCCAACAAGUCUGAAAGUUCCUCUCUUCGGCGCCAAUUUCUUCGACCGCAGGUGCUGCGGUGACGUCUGAGAAGCUGCGAUUUUCUAUGAGUUGUUCUUGAGCACCUUCGUUCGCGUCACGACCCGUUACGGUACAGCACUGCCAUAUCUGGCGACUCACGCCUGUCUGCCCUGCAUCAACGCCAAUUCACGAUCUGGACGUCCUCCCAGGUCAAUUGCAUUUUCUGGCGGCUUUGUGACAUUUUGCGCCUUCACUCGCCGGACCUGGUCAUCUUCUCGUUCGUUGCCUCCGCCUAUUUUGUGGCCUAGCUGGCUCGCCUGACCGUUCUUGGUCACGCAACAGUUUUCAUGCUUAACGACAGAAACACCGAAAAGCUGGAUCUACCGUCGAUUUCCCAGGUACCGACCCGGGGUCAGGCCGACUACCCAUACUACAACGCACCGCGCCCAGCGUAUAUGCCCGAGAGGUUACCUUCCUUGCCUCCAGUCCACACCCAGCAGGCAUACUCAACCAGCACGGGAUCCCCCGCCGGCAGUUCCCUGGGUUCCUCUACCAGCUCUCACGCAGGGUCUCACUCCUCUUACACGUCAGCUGCCCCGUCACUCGGAGCCAAGACUCCCCCGACUCCGGUGUCUUCAGAGUAUCCUGCCAUCCCAGGAUCUGUCACUGCAGGAGGCAGCUACGAGGCAUACCCCGCGAUGAACCAGGCACAGCACGACCCGAACAACAUGUACUAUCCGCCCCAACCACAUAUGCCUGGAGGCUCUGCACCACCCCCAGUCACCUCAUCGAUGGCGCAUUAUCCUAGUGCGCAACCUCCCCUGUUACAGCCUGGCCCGGCUCAGUACUCAGCACCGCCUCAUCCAUAUUCUCAAUAUGGGUACGCAAAUGGGCUCACUUCUCCGCCUGCGGCUCCAGUGUCCAACGGCAUGCCACAGAACGUACUGCCACUGCCAGGGCAGCCCGGUAUGCCCAACCAAUACAGUGGGUUCGAUACCACUGGACAGGUGGCACCUCCAGGCAUGAAACCCAGAGUGACGGCUACGCUGUGGGAGGAUGAGGGCAGCUUGUGCUUUCAGGUUGAGGCCAGAGGCAUCUGUGUGGCGCGUCGAGAAGACAACCACAUGAUUAACGGCACCAAGUUGCUCAACGUUGCCGGUAUGACCCGUGGCAGACGCGAUGGGAUUUUGAAGAGUGAGAAGGUCCGCCACGUCGUCAAGAUUGGCCCUAUGCACCUGAAGGGUGUCUGGAUCCCUUUUGAGAGGGCACUGGAUUUCGCAAACAAGGAGAAGAUCACUGAGUUGCUGUACCCCUUAUUUGUGCACAACAUUGGUGCGCUUCUAUACCACCCGACCAACCAGAACCGGACGACGCAAGUCAUGCAGGCUGCGGAGCGUCGCAAACAGGAGCAGCAGACACAAAUGCGCAACGCCCAGCCACCAGCACCGCUUCCCUCGCUCCAGCAACAAACCCACCACCACUCAAUCGGUCUCCCGCAGCCCCCGCUAUCGUCUCACGGCCGGCCCUCACUCGAUCGUGCCCACACCUUCCCCACCCCUCCCACGAGUGCCUCGAGUGUGAUGGGAAGCAUGGGAGGAGAAAACUACCAGUGGCCACAACAACAGGGGAUGAAUGGUUCUCAAGGUACUCAUCCCAUGUCCAUCGAUACUAGCCUUAGCAACACUCGCUCAAUGCCUGCAACUCCAGCAACCACUCCUCCUGGAAGCAGCAUACAGAGCAUGUCUUCCUAUCCUCCCGCGACCCAGCCGUACGACAACUCGCGGCAGUACAAUGCGCCGCCACUACAGUCACCCUACCAGUCUACAAACACCAGCCCACAGGACCGCUCCAUGUACGCGCAGGGCAACUACGUAAAGAGUGAGAUGGGCCCGCCUUCAAGUCGUCCGUCAAUAUCAGGCCUCCCUACCGACCAGGACAACAAGCCUACCAACGGCUACUCGAGCCAAGGCGGUGAGCAUGUGACGCAACAAGGCCCUGAUGACGAGGCCGACCACGAGCACGAGGCAGAGUAUACGCAUGAUCGGAGCACGUACGACAAUGGGAACAGCCAGUACAACUACAGUGCCCCUCCUCUUGCUCCUAUCCAGUCCGACCACCCCCAUCUCUCCCCCGAGAUGGCCGGGUCUGCAGGCCACCAAGGAGCCUCGGGCCGGUCAACGCCGCGCAGCGCAGCCGCCCCUCAGUACUACCCGCAGCAAGGCUACAACACUUCACCCCGGAGCUCGACGCAAUCCGGCAUGUACAAUGUCGUGAGUAAUGACCGGGGCCCGACAAACGGUGACUAUGCAUCACAUGCCGACAUGAACAACUCGAUGCAGAACGGUUACGCACCGGCGCCCAUGAAUGGUGCGACGGGUGGGAUGAAGCGUGGCCGGGACGACGAGGAGGAACAGCGGCCCCUGAGCGGCGGGCCUGGCAUGGACAUGAAGCGGCGGAAAACCUUGGCACUGGACACGGCGCCCGCACAGCCGGUUUACCAGCCCGCGCCCGCUGUUGCCGCUCCCACAAGACGGCGAUAAGGACCUCGGCGGUCCGGACUGGCGUGUGCGUUUGUGACAUUCUUGACUGCGGCCCGGGUUUAAAACGAUAGAGGCGUUGUGGCAGUUCUUUUCGGGCGUUCCAACUCAUGAAAUGACGGAAUGGCUAAUGCUAAACACACAACACACAACACAACCAACCAACUCUGGUCUAUACCGACGACCGCUAUUCGACCUGGGGAAUCGCCUCCAGUACGCUCCCUUUUUGUUCCCUGGCCUCGGGCCACCUACUGUAUUUUUCACCUUUUGAUUUUCGUUGGCGCCAGAAACGACACCACAGCAAGCAAGCACACAUACGAUUCAUCGACAUUUUCCGCUCUGCACCAGACGCGAUGAUGACGCUUACGACAACGCGGAAAGAAAAGCAUCAUUUCCGAACAUCUUUGUGUUACACGCCUACCAUGAUGGAUGUACGGUUGACGAUUUUAUGGAAUCUGCAUGAGAGGCCAUUUUCACCGCGACAGAGACCAAAGAGCCUUGUCAUCUGCAUUUUACGGCUCGCACCAUGGCGAGGGCGGGGAAUACUGCGCCGCCCCUUAUUCGGGCUCGAGGUCAUCCCGCACAGGUUUGCAACCCAAACCGCCCUCGUUCGGAGCCAACCGCGACCACCACUCCCUUUCUCCUGCUUUACCUUCGCCUUGUGAAGGGAAAGCAGAGCUGCGACCCCGAGCUGAAGUGGCAUGUAUACCCAGCCAACCACAUCAGCGGUACAUCUCGGGGCGGCUUCCGACAAGCGCUUGCGAUCUCUUAACCCGCCGCAGUCGCACCCACUGGUACUACAUCAUUAGGUCGGCAUGGACGAGACUCGCGAGCUCAACGUUCUGGUCGCGCUUCAGGGCAUCUGAAAAGACGUCCUGGGGAGGCACUCAUCCACCAGCACUGGCUUGUCUUCAGUUGGCGGCUUCUUCUCUUUCUUCUAUCAUUUUUGUCUCGAAUCGGCCUCCGGUGAUGACUUUACGACAUUGAUUCUCUUCGACGACAACCGAAAAGCAGUGAGUUCUUAUUUCUGUGGAGUCCAGAGACCCAGUGUGGGGGGCGGGGAUGCGCAUGGGCGCCAGCUUGGGAAUGGAGCAGGAAACAGUCUCCAAACACCCUCGGGAAGAUAUUUCCACAGUUUGAUGCUGUCUGGAUAUUGGGUCGGCGCGGAGGGGGACACGUCGAACCUGCACUUGUUCUUCCGGGUUGGGUUUUCUGGGACCAACCACCACCAAAUCUCAUGUAACGAGCUUAUGACGGGGAGUACCUGAUCUGCUUUUUUAUUCUUAUUUUUUCACCCACAUCUCGUCUUUAUUCUUCAACCUCUUCUCUAUGUUUUUGUGUGUUGAACAACCGCGGGAAGAGAGAGAGAGGGUUGGGGGCAGGGAAGGAAAAAGCGCCUGCGGGCCUUCUUUUUUUCAGUCUCUCUUGUUCUCCUUUCCUGGGGGGACCCCAAAUGACAAAUACAAACAAGACCUAGACGAUUUGAAAACUUA